AUUCAGUUUUUCUUGAAUCAUCCAAUAAAACAGAUGGGAAAUCAUCAAUUGGUUGUGCUGAAGUUAAAAGUUAAAACUGUAUCUUGAACUGUAAAUUGUUUUUUUUUUUUUGAUUUUCCGAUUUUUUAAAUCCUCUCGCAGCUAUGAACAAUAUUUUCAUUGUCAUUUUUAAAAUUCUGUUAUAUUCGAUUGUUUUAAUCUAUUUCUCGUGACGAAAUUGUGGUGUUUGAUUGCAUUGAAUAUCAAGUCCAGUAACUACACGACGAUGAAGGGUUAGUAGGGUGAUGGCAAAUUUUUGUCACGAUCAAUACGAUCAUCCACUACUUUGGUGUGAAGACAAGCGACGGGCUGAAGAACGAAGAGUGGCUAAAGAAAGUUUGGCAUUGGUAAAACAUCGAAAAGAAAUUGAGCAAGCUAAAAAAAUACGGGAUCGCAAUGAGUAUCGUGAUAUGAUUGUGAAGCAUUGUCCAUGGGGACGUCCAGGCGGAGGUGCACCAAACGAACAAAUUAGACGAGGAAAUAUUUUACUGGAAGGACUUUAUCCGGAAUCAGGAAACGACUGUAGAAAGUACAUUCUACCGCCGUGUACCAAAGUAAAUAAAAUUGGUGGCGGAGGAGCGCCAUUACGUAGUGCUUCCGGUCGGAUAUUAACACAAUUUAGAGAUGAUCCAAAUAUAUGCUUCAGCGAUUCAAUGAGAAAUCACGUAGAUAUCGAUCUGCGAUACAAAUCAUCGCCGAAAAAUAAAAUGACAUACAAGAUGCAAUUAGAUAAAAUCAUAGCUGAAAAGGAGAAAAUGAACCAAAGAAGAAGUUCAGAUCUGCUUAAACAUGAUCCAUGGGGGAAAGCUGGUCCUGGUGGCGCUCCAUGGCGGAAUCCUAGGGAAAUAGGACAGUCGUUCAUGAAGUCUAUGGGAUGGACAGAUAAAAAUACGCUUCAAUCCCUUGACACUGAAAAUAAAAAGAUGACUCCGCCUGACAUACAACCAAAGAACCAUGAGUCAAUACGUGAAAAUCCAGAACACUCAAAACCAUCAACGAUGCAUGAAACAAGCACUUCAAUAAUUCCACAAAACUGUUGUUGUCACAACUGUUGCUGUGGCUGUGGUACUAAAUUUUAUCCCAACAAAACAUCACCGAGAAACGAAAAUCAAAGUCCGAACAAAAAAUGUGGCAAUCCCCAAGAUUAUGACGGAAGCAAUCAGAAGCACAAAAGCAAAAAAUCGUCGAAUAAUCAGAAGAGUAAAUCGAGCGGGGAAAAAGAGCGACCGCCUCGGAUAAAACGACUAUGUAUGCUGAACGGUGGUGUGGAAUUGGUGCCGCUAUUAGCUCGUCGCAGAGCCAUGCAACGUCCAGUCAAUUUGUCUACAACGGAUGUGACUAAAAAUCCAAAUGCCAAUAAGUUGGAAGAAAAGGAUCACCUCAAUGAACUUUGUAGACAAAUCAACCAAAAGCAGCGUAGAAUUGAGAUCAACAAAGAAAUCGAUAAACAGUCGAGCCAGAAUCACUUCGAGAAUCUGGAUUCAUUUUGGGGUCGUCCGGGACAUGGGGCACCAAAGUCAACCAGAAACAAAUUAAAUUUGAACGAUCUACUUUAUCGGGUUCCAUUUAAAGCAGAAUUUGUUCUCUAAAUUUACAUUUGAUUUGAUCGUACACAGCA